AUGGCUGAACAUCUGGAGGACCAUAUUAAAUGUCCCACCUGUCUGGACAUCUUCAAAGAUCCUGUCAUUCUUCUGUGCAGUCACAGCUUCUGCCGUGUGUGUCUGCAGCAGUGGAAGGACAAAGGAGAACGAUCGUGUCCACUUUGUAGGACAGAGUUUAGUUCCAUGGAUCCGCCUUUGAACUUGGCACUGAGGAAUAUGUGUGAGAACCUUUCACGAGCCUCAGUCAAGUCAGAAGACAUCUGCACCUUGCAUGAGGAGAAACUUCAACUCUUCUGUCUGGACCACCAGGAGCUUGCGUGCCUUGUCUGCAGAGAUGCAGAAAUCCACAUUGGUCACACGUUCCGGCCCCUCAAAGAAGUUGUGAAAGGUCAUCAUGAGAAACUUCAGAAAGGCAUGCAGAAGGCCAAGGAAAGACUCCAAGAUUACAACGACUGUCAAGAGAACUGCAACGAACAGGCAGAGUACAUCAAAGUCCAGAGGGAGAAUGUAGAACGCAAGAUUAAGAAGGAUUUUGAGGAGCUCCGUCGCUACCUCGAUGUCGAAGAGGAGGCCAGGCUGGCUGCUGUCAGGGAGGAAGAGAAGGAGAAGAGUCAAACGAUGAAGGAGAAAAUAGCGUCUCUCGGAGAACAAAAGGCCGCUCUCUCGGAUGUCAUCAGAAGCACUGAGGAGCAGCUGGCAUCUGGUAAUGAUUCUUUCAUGAAGAAGUUCAAGACUGCGAUGAGCAAAAUCAAGGAGCUGCCUGAAAAGCCGCAGCUGCUCCCAAGGGGUCUGCUGGACGAAGCCAAACACGUGGGCAACCUCAAAUUCAAGGUGUGGGAGCGAAUGAAGGAGACGCUCGCCUACAGUCCCGUCAUUCUGGACCCCAACACGGCCAAUCCAAGAAUCAGUCUGUCUGAAGAUCUGACCAGUCUGAGUUGGGAAGACGUACAGCAGGAGCGUCCAGAGAAUCCAGUGAGGGAGAAGUAUGCGUGUGUGCAAGGUGUUGCUUUGGACCCGGGAAGACACGUGUGGGACGUUGAGGUGGGAGACAACAAUGCCUGGAGUGUGGGGAUUAUGUGGGGGGACCCUUGUUUGCCAAAUCUAAUGAUUGGUUGGUACAUUCUAUUUGAGGAUGGAGAAUAUGAAAAGCCCGAUUGCGAUAUCGGAGAAUGGAAUCCGCCUGUCAAAGUGCAGAGGAUCCGAGUUGCAGUGGACAUGAAUGAACGCUCAUUGUCCUUCUCUGAACCUCUUACAAACACCGAAUUGUGGAACACUAAGAAGCCUUCUGAAUGGCCAGACUUGUCCGGUAACACCAAAAUGUAUCCUUACUUUGCGUCACAAGAUAGGAGUCCUCUAAAAAUAAUUCCCAUUCCACCUGGUGUUAAGAUUGCCAUCAGCUAGCGGUCAUGUUGGCACGGCUUGAAAUUUGUCAUCUGAAUCAUUCCUUGUCUUUUUCCACAUGCUUUAUAGCCAGGUCAUGUGAUAAGACUUUACUGGAGUCAAAAUAAUGAAGCAUUUACUCAGUAUUUGAGUAUUCUAUUCUUCCAAAGCUUUUUGAAUUGUGUGAAUUUUACUUUUAA